CAGAAAAGUUUUACAAAAAGAAAAAAGAAAAGCUUGGUGUAGACUGCCUUGUUAGUGUCAGACGGUGAGGGCAGUGGGAUAGUUGUGUGUCCUCUGGGUCUGCUCAACAUGUAUAAGCUCGCAUCCCGUCUGUUAUCAGGACAGUCCGCCUGUCGGCCAUGUCUGUCCAAACUCCACUUGGCAAGUGGUGCGUUAUGUCAGAAAUCAGCCUUCAGAUACGUUUCCGCAGAUGUCCCAGAGAUGCCCCCAUGCGAUUUCAAACCCGAGGAGUACAAGGGUAUGUCCAAAGAGCGGAUGAUGGAGAUCCGCAGACAGCUCUGCAACCCCAUGACCAUGAAGGUUACCUACUAUAAGAAACCAGUGUUUGUCCACCAGGGAUACAUGCAGUGGCUGUGGGACGUGGACGGCAGGAGAUAUCUGGACCUCUUUGCAGGAGUGGCUACAGUCAGUGUGGGCCACUGCCACCCGAAGGUAACAGCAGCCGCAGAGCAGCAGUUGAAGAAGCUGUGGCAUACUACAAACAUCUACGUCUAUCCUCCUCUCCAUGAGUAUUGUGAGAAACUAGCUUCCUACUUGCCAGAUCCUCUAAAGGUGAUAUAUCUGACCAACAGCGGCUCAGAAGCCAAUGACCUGGCUAUGUUGAUGGCACGGCUUCACACGGGCAACUUUGACAUCAUCACGUUCAGAGGCUCGUACCAUGGUGGGAGCCCACAAUCCAUGGGUCUGACUUCCAAUGCUACAUAUAAAUACCCCGUUGCCAAUGGUUUAGGCUGCACAAAUACCAUGUGUCCUGAUGUGUACAGAGGCCCGUGGGGAGGAAGCCACUGCAGGGACUCUCCUGUGCAGACCAUCAGAGAAUGUAGCUGUGCACCAGGUCAGUGCAUGGCAAAUGAACAUUACAUUGCUCAGCUCAAAGAGACAUUGGCUACGAGCGUCCCAAAUCAAAUUGCUGCUUUCUUUGGAGAACCCAUUCAGGGAGUCGGAGGUGCUGUGCAGUAUCCUAAAAACUACCUGAAGGAGGCUUACAAACUUGUAAGAGAGAGAGGCGGCGUCUGCAUUGCUGAUGAGGUUCAAACUGGAUUUGGGCGAACAGGAAGCCACUUCUGGGGUUUCCAAGGUCAUGAAGUUAUUCCUGACAUAGUCACAAUGGCAAAGGGUAUUGGCAAUGGAUUCCCAAUGGGAGCUGUUGUUACAACACCAGAAAUUGCAGCCUCGUUUGCCAAGGGAGUUCACUUCAACACCUUUGGAGGAAAUCCUGUGGCUUGUGCCGUUGCUUCAUCAGUGCUUGAUACUAUCAAAGAGGAUGGCACGCAGCAGAUCAGUCUUGAUGUGGGCACCUAUCUGAUGACAGAACUGACAAAACUCAGAGACAAGUACGAGAUUAUCGGCGAUGUCCGUGGAAAAGGCCUGCUUAUCGGGGUGGAAAUGGUCAAAGACAAGACUAGCAGGGAUCCGCUCCCUCCUGAAGCAAUGAGUGAAAUCUUUGAGGACGCCAAGGACAUGGGAGUCCUGAUGGGGAAAGGAGGAAUCUACGGACAGACCUUCCGCAUCAAACCCCCCAUGUGCAUCACGAUGGAAGAUGUAGAUUUCUUCCUGGCAGUUUUUAACAAGUCCGUCCAAAACUACAUGGAAAGAAGAUGAAAGUCAAAUUAAGGUCGGCUGCCCAGGACCAAACCUGCUCAGUGGUGGAUUGCAUUUUUUUUAACUAAAAUGUUAAAAAUUCUGUCAUUAAUCAUGUUGACCUUCAGAGCCUUUGCACAGCAAUUGUAAAAGGGAAUGUUUAGCUAUGUUAACAUAUGUUGCAGUUUGAAGACUUAAUACACUCAAGAUAGCUCAAAACAGUAGUGCACAGUGCCUCUCUAACACCUGACCUAAAAUUCGUUUUGCUCUUUUUUGGGUCUUCUGAAUGUAGUUGGAUGUAAUGUUUUAUGAUCGUUUCACAAUUUGUAAUUUCUGAGCACAUGCUUCCUUAUUGUUUAUAGAUGUGAAUGUAAUAGAAAUGGAUCUUUGAGCUGGAGAUACAACCGUCUGUGCUGUAACACAUUGGUCACACUGCCCCCUGCAGGUAUUUGUAGGUCCUACCUUUUGUUGUAUAAAAGUCAAAAACAACAAUGUUUUUUAUUACCUUUUUUAUCCCAUCAACAUCCUUCAAUGUGGCACUAAUAUUAUAAUUUUCUCUUCAUUGUGGAUCCAGCCAGAUCACUUCCACAGAGCCUACCUUUGCAGUGCUCAAAUAGUGGGUAAUUAUCUGUGACCACUGUACAGGGAUGAUCAGUUCAAUUUAUAUAAUGCCACAUCACAACAACAGUUGUCUCUUGACACUUUCCAAUUAGAGCAGAUGUGGACCAAAUCAAAUACAUAUCUGAUUCUUGCUAGUGUGAUGGCUGUGUGAAUGGUCAGAUCAGAGUUCAUGUGGUUUUUCUCCCACCAAGCAUGCUCACAUCACUGUUGCAUCAUGGAUGAAGCUACAUAUGAAAGAACAUAGAAACAACCAGAGGAGGAACAGGAAGUUGCAAUGUAUUAUAUAGAAGGGAAGAUACUUCAGUUACAGCAGUCACACAACACUGCCAUUACCACAGUAGAAAAUUCAAGUAAAUACCUACACCACUGUUUUGAUGAUGGACUGUGAUUUUCUGUUGUGCAGCAGCGCACAUAAGUGUGGGAUCGUGGAACAGAAGUGUUCACAAUGAUCUCGGUUACGGAGAUGAAUUUGAACAGUCAACAAAAAGAUUAGAUUAGAAAAAGAAAUCUCGAUGAACCGGUUGCACAGCAGGAAAAAUGCAGGCAGACUUAAUAAGUGCAAUGAUGGUUCACUUCCCAAUAGUGUGUCCCAAUCACAGUGAGCCAGCAUGCACAACAGCAGGACAUCCUCAAAGUGGAAUGCAGCAAUAUGUCAGUAAACGCAUCUGCAAGAAGCCGCAGGAAACUCACCAGUUGCUGUUUGUCCGGUCCCUUGCAUCACUUGUCUUGGUUUGCAGUGUGAAUGUAUUCAAAGACUCACCCACCUGAACACCUGUAUCUGCUUUCUCAUUGGCCAUGCAAUAAAUACAUGCUUAUUUGCAUUCACUCUGUUAGAUUACCCAGACAUGUUUGCUGCUUGCCUGUCCAGCCUUUUGGACUUCUGCCCUUCUGCUGAUUAUUUCUCCUCCUCUGCCAAGCCUACCAGGUAUUAAUUUUAGCCUGUUAUCUGUCUACAAUUAAAGCUGAGCAUGGCACUUUA